AACACAUUGACUGCGUCGUUAUUUAAAUUGAAAGAAAAAAAACACAUUUUACUAACGUUUUAGUUGUAUUGAAGGCUUAUGUUACCUUAUUUCAAAGAGGUAUUGUCAUCAUACACAGAAACAUUGCAAUUGUUGUGGGAAGUGGAUGAAGCUGGUUCUAAUUGUACAGUUGUAAGGGCAGAUAACUGUGAUUUCUGUAUGGCCAGCAGUGAUCCAUUUUUCAAGAUCAAUGACUUCACAGUUGGAAACCCAUCUAGUAAAGGAAUCAGCACAAAGGAAAGACAGAAUAGAAACUUGGAAGAGACAGUUUUGCCAUCACCUAACGUCAUUUUUGCCAAACCCCAGAUCAAGUUUGUGUGUAUAUCAGAUACUCAUAUGAGACUGUACCCUAAGGAUGUACUCAAUAUACCCCUUGGUGAUGUGCUUCUACAUGCUGGAGACUUCAGUAUGAAGGGAAAUCUACCAGAGAUUGAAUACUUCAAUCAGUUACUGGGUCAAUUUCCCCACCCAGUGAAAGUUGUGAUAGCAGGAAACCAUGAGUCAUGCCUGGAUUCUACCAGGAGAAGAAUAAAGAAACCAGUCUCAAUGCAACAUAUGCUGAAAACAUUCGGUGUUGAGCACCCCCGAGACUUGCUGACAAACUGUAUCUACCUCCAAGAAGAGUCUGUGAUUGUUUCAGGCAUUAAGAUAUAUGGUGCACCCUGGUCACCCCUGUAUUGUAGCACUGCGUUUCAGCUAGAUCGUGGACAGCCUUUAGCGGAAAAAUGGGAUAAAAUUCCUGACAAUGUUGAUAUUCUUAUGACCCAUUGUCCACCUUAUGGUAUCUGUGACACAUAUGGAGAACACCCUGACCAACAUGCUGGCUGUGAGGAACUUUUGAAUGUUUUACAGACAAGAAUCUCCCCAAAGGUCCAUGUGUUCGGGCACAUACACGAAGGAUAUGGAGAGACAAAGAAAGGCGGUGUUCACUUCAUCAACGCCUCAAUGUGUACUCGUGGUUACAGGCCGAUCAAUCCGGCCAUCGUGUUUGAGCUUGACAAUCCCUUGUACCAGCCGGACCACUCCAGUAACGAGUCUGAGGGAAGCAACUGACAAAUGUGAUAUCUAUUUAAAAUGUGAUAUUUAUUAAGUUUAGCUUAGGUUAGUUUAGAUUAUUUUUUUAUUGCAGUAGUCAUGACAGCAAAUGUGACACUUUAUUUAACUACAUAAUUUAAACUGUUUAUCAAUUCAGGUAUGAUAAUUAUUUUGUAUAGCUUACACCCAUGGCCAUCUAAGCUCAAACAUACUAAAUAUGUAUUAUAACAGAUGUGGGAUACAUUUUGUUUUCUAAUGUAAGCAAGAGUAUUGUAGUUUUUAUAUGCCUUAUUUUUGAAUAAUGAAUACAAACUACUCAGGAGUAAUUAAAACUUAAAACACAUAAAUAAAAUACAGGAGACAUAAUUACCCAUUUUGAAUCCCUUAGAUUCCUUUAUAAAAUUUCAUAGCCUGUAGACUUUUAAAAUAUAUAUUACGUCCCGAGUGCUUCCAGAACUUAUAUACAAACACUUAUGCUAGGAGUCACUGGGAUGUGUACAUGCCUUUGACGUCCAAGUGUUGGCAAAGUUCAACACAACAGUUUAUCUUUUGAGUCUAAAGCAUAUUGAAGGUCACCAAUUUCUGUUAUUCAUGAUUCAAAUUACACUUGUCAUAAGGGUACACAGCACUUUUUGGGUAAGAGUUUUAAAGGAACUAGUCACCAGAUGAAAAAAUUGCAGUAUCAAUAUUAGUAUUUCUGUUUACAUGAACAAUCAACGUUUUAUGAUACUUCCAUAUCUUUCUGCAAAGCUCUAAAAGGCCAUAAGUGUUUUGAUUGAACUAAAUAUUUUAGGGUAUUUUAAUCGGCCCGGUGUCUAUUUAUAAGUUGGUGUUGUCAAAAGUUAGAUUGUUAUUUGACCUUGACAUGGAAGAACUUGUGGAUGUUUCAUAAUCCAAUAUAAAUAUGUGAGCAUGUUCAGCAGCUCUGCUUCCAUGAAAACAUAUUUUAUAAAAAAAAAAUCUUCACCGCUGCCGCCAAAUAUCAGCGCAGGGCUAGAAAUUUACUGCAAAUCACUCUUGCAAAGCUUUGCAGUAGCUUUUGAACACAAUUGUACAAUACACAUGCAGAAAUGUUGGCUAUUAUUGUUCAUCUUAAUACU